AAACGUCAGCGCGUCGACGCGGGGUUUUCACUGGCGGGGCUCCGCUAACACUACUCGGGUCUAGGUGUCUGCGCCUUUGGCCAAGCUGUGCCUGGGCGAGGAGGCCGUUGUUCGCUCGUCGGCCGGCGCGGUUACCGGGACUUGGCGCUGGGACUGACCACCUCGACCCCACUCCAGACUUCUCCGCCUCCGAGGUGCUUCGGCACGGCUGCGGCCGCCGGGACUCGGCCCGGGGCAACUAGGGGCCCUUCCUCGCUCGGGGCUCGGAUGGGAGGCGUUGGGAGGAGCGGCCUGGGAUGUUCAGUCUGAUGGCCAAUUGCUGCAGCUGGUUCAAGCGGUGGCGGGAGCCCGUCAGAAAGGUGACUCUUGUGAUGGUGGGACUUGAUAAUGCUGGUAAAACGGCAACGGCAAAGGGAAUCCAAGGAGAGUAUCCUGAAGAUGUAGCUCCUACUGUUGGAUUUUCCAAAAUUGACCUCAGACAAGGAAAAUUUGAAGUCACCAUCUUUGACUUAGGAGGUGGAAAAAGAAUUCGGGGUAUCUGGAAGAAUUACUAUGCUGAGUCCUAUGGGGUAAUAUUUGUUGUGGAUUCCAGUGAUGAAGAGAGAAUGGAAGAGACAAAAGAGACAAUGUCAGAAGUGCUAAGACAUCCUAGGAUAUCGGGAAAGCCUAUACUAGUGUUGGCAAAUAAACAAGACAAGGAAGGGGCUUUAGGAGAAGCUGAUGUGAUUGAAUGCCUAUCUCUGGAAAAAUUGGUCAAUGAGCACAAGUGCCUAUGUCAAAUAGAACCUUGUUCAGCAGUCUUGGGCUAUGGAAAGAAAAUUGACAAGUCCAUUAAAAAAGGCCUUUACUGGCUCCUACAUAUCAUUGCAAGAGACUUUGAUGCUUUAAAUGAACGCAUCCAAAGAGACACAACAGAACAGCGUGCUCUUGAAGAACAAGAGAAACGAGAGAGGGCUGAACGAGUGCGAAAAUUACGAGAAGAAAGAGAACAAAGAGAACGAGAGCAGGCGGAACUCAAUGGAACCAGCAGCCUGGCUGAGUUGGACUCCGAACCAAUUAUUGUUAAUCCUUUCCAGCCAAUCGCAUCUGUCAUCCUUGAGAAUGAAAGAAAACUUGAAAAAGACAAAAAGAGACACAGUAUGGAGAAAGACAGUGAUGGCUGCCCCCCGAAACAUAAAACGGAGAAUGAGCAAAUAGAGACACAGAGCCAGAUCAGUGACAAUAGCCAAAAAAACAAUGAGCUUGGAAUAGUUGAAAGUUAUAAAGAGGCAUUAACACAGCAGUUGGAGAAUGAAGAUGAUACAGACCAGCGAUCAUCAGAAUCAGAUAACAGCAAAAAGAAAACUAAGAAACUAAGAAUAAAAAGGAGUCACCGUGUAGAACCUGUUAAUACAGAUGACUCUGCUCCUAAGAGUCCAACACCACCCCCGCCUCCUCCUCCUGUUGGCUGGGGAACCCCCAAAGUCACUAGACUUCCAAAACUUGAGCCUCUUGGUGAAACACGUCAUAAUGCUUGGUACACAUUUCUUUGCACUUGGUUAAUGGCAAGUAAACAACAGAUACAUGAUGAACUAGAGUAGUAAUUAAAAGAUUUCUAUGGGAAGCCACUGCCUCCCCUGUCUGCGCGACAGAGGCCUAACAGUGAUGCUCAUGAUGUGGUUUCAUAACCGAGUCAUGUGAUGAGCUUUUUAAAGAUCUGCAAGAUCAACUAGAAGACCUUCCUUCUCAAAGAAGAAAAACCCUAAGCACUGAUGACUGGGGCAAGAUAACCAUAGUGAUUUCAGUGAGAUAAAUAGCCAAAGACCUGGCUGAUAUGACAAUUAUCCAUGUUAUUCGUGGUUUAAAAAAAAGGAAGGAAAAUGACCAAUAGAUGGGAUGAGCAUUUGAAUCAAGUUAGCAGGAGUUACUGUUGAUUCUGGGUCUUACAGUCCUGCUCAUGGGCAUAUUCCUGAAGGAAAACCUCUUCAGAAAAAGAGCCAAUGGACUCUGCACACUUUCUUUACUAUAUGUUUAAUAGUCUUUAUUAUUGUAUCCUAAACAUUUUUUGUAAGAUACAUGUGCAUGGAAGGGGAACUCUUGGGAAUUUAUAACCUAAGUUUUUAACUUUUUAUAUUUUUCUAAAACUUACAAGAAUUUUAAUUAUUAUGAUAUCGCCUGUGCACUUUUCUAUAGAUGCUUUGUUUAAAUUGUGUCUGGAAAUGGAGUUGAUUUACUUGACAAACAUGAACUACACAAACAGGACAUAUUUAUAUGAUUUAAGGUAUAUUUCAUAAUAGUAUUGUUCUUGAAGUGUACAUUCUAAUUUUACCUAAUUUUAAAGUAAUGCCUUUUAAAAAUAGAUUCUUAAAUCUUUACUCUACCAAAUUAUAUUAUUUAAAAACACUACCCAAGGACAGUUCAAUUUUUUUGUCAUUUGCUUUUUUUUUUUUUUUUUUUUUGGUGAUGAUCACAAUAAAUCAACGAGACUUGAAAUACUUUUUUGACCUAUAUGCUUUUUAAAUGAAUAAAAAUGUUAUGUGAGAUAUUAUUAAAAUUCCUAAUGAACACCUCUUUUAUAAGAUAGACCUUUCAGAUCAGGAUGCUCCUUGUCACCCCCUCAUUCUAUCAGAAGCUUCAAUGACUCUUUUAGGUUAUUCUAAUUGUUUUGUGCCUUGGAAAUAAAGGCAGAGAGCCUGAAAAAGCCACUGUAAGUACAGAGACUUGUGUUUUAUAACCAGGAAAUGCUUGGGAACUAAUCAAUAGGAAUAAAAAUGUUGGCUUAAAAUUACGAAAUAAUUCCAAAAUAAUUUCCCAAUUUAAAAUAAUAGCACUUUUCUUGCAGUAAAGAAUGGCAUCUGUAGAAUUCUCUACUUGUCUGGCAUUUAGACAAACUUUUAGAAAUAUACUUUGAGUAAUAGAUUCAUAAUGUUGCAUUUAAUUGAAAGUGUACGUUUAUAUCAAGGUGAAAAUGCAAUAUGAAAAUACAAUAUGAAUCCUUAUCACCUUGUUAAAAUUGGUAAGUUGGGUAACUUGUACUGACAACAGACAUAUACUAGUAUCUAACAAUAACAAGAUUAAGUAGGUCUAAGGCAGUUUAAUAUGGUUAUUUACUUUAAAAGUUUAACUUUGGAGCAUCACAUUUUAGUCAUAUUUUAUAACAACCUAAAUUUGAUAAAUGGCUGAAAUGUAAGGAAAAGCAACACAAGAAGGCAGAAUGUAAAUUUUGAAUUGGAUUUUAGAGAAAAACUUGUUUGUACAUCUUUUUGGCUCCUUUUUGUAACAUUUACAUUUAGUCAUUUUUUUUUAAAAACUGAACUUUUACUUUUGCCAUCUUUUAAAUUUUCAUCUAGUUUGAGAAUAAAUAAAGGUUAAAUUUUUUUGUUUCCUACCAGUGAUUACUGUAGUGUACAGUAAUUAUUGAGUUCAUUUAUUAGGAAUGAAUAAAAAUGAUUUUGAAAUUAAAUAUAUGAUAAAGUGAAAUAAAUGUUUUAUAUCUCUCUCUCAAAAAAGUAAUUUGUAUUCUUAAAGCAUUCUAAAAAUAUUUUAAAAGAAGUUUUGUAAAUCCAGGUUGCUUUUAACAAGUAAAUGCCUAUUUUGUUAUAUGCUGUAUUUUUGUUCAUAAUCAUCAUGAAUUAUGACAUUUUCACACAAUAAAAAUAAUUUAUAUCAGUAUCCUACUUUGCUUUUCAUUUGAUAAAUUUAAAUGAUUUCUUUUUGGUAAUAAAAUAGAAAAGGAUUUUUCAAAUAUGACUUUUGGAAGAAAUUUUAAGUCAAUAGAUUAAAAUAAUGAUAUUUAUAUGGAACCUUUUUUCUGCACACAAGUUUUUAUGUUUGUAGAAAAGAAUAUUGUCAUUUUAAAGGCAGUUAAAAAUAAUAUCAUAUCACUUUAUGAUUCUAGAUGAUCCAAUGUCUGUAUUUUGUUAAAGCUGCUACUGAUCCAAAGAUAAUAUUUUUACUUAUUUCAAAAAUAAUUACUUAUUGCAUAAUUCUUUAUGCAAAAGGCAUACAAAACAUAUAUCCAAUAUCAUAAGUGAUUCUAACUAUGACACUAUGAUAGCAGCACUAGAAAAAAAUGUUCCAAAACAUUAAUAAUGAAUUUUUUUAGAGUUAUUGGUUGUGUGUUUUCCUCAAUUUUUCAGACUAAUUUUAAAAAUUUUGCUUACUUUUAUCAUGGGAGAAUCAAACUUACAAUUUUGUAAAAAUUAAGUGCCAUGUUUUCUGCAAGCUUAAAAUUAAAUGGUCUUUUAGGUGUCAAAUGAAAGACUUAAUAUAUAAAAUUUAUUUUGAAUAGCCCAGAAACAUUAUAGAAUGUGCCAUUAUAUUUGCAGCUGAUCUCUUACUAAGUAUUCUUUUACUAGGACAAUAUUUUAUUUUAUUUGAUACUUAGUUCUAUGUGCUGUGUCUUUCAUAUUAUUCAAUUUCUCCUGUUAUGCACUAAUCUAAUACUUCUAGGUGUCAAAAACUUAUCAGAAAUGAAACUGCUUAUAUAAAUAAAGCUGUCGCUUAUAAACUUUAUUAUCCUUGGCUUUAAACACUUAAGUUUUCUCUAUGUGGAGUAGACUUUGCAAGUGAGAUUCUGCUAAUACUAUUUAUCAAGAAAAUAUUCCAUCUGAUCCAAAAAACAGAUUCAGAUAUUUGAAGACUUACUUUAAAGUAUGAUUAUAAAUUAUCAAAAUAACAAUAAUGCAUUGGCUUUGUGGACGCACUAAUGGAAGCCUUUUGCAGGGGGAGAGGGGAGAUAGGAAAUCAGAAAUGAAUUGCCUUUAUUUUUACUUAAGUUUUCAAAUGUUUAUUUUUGAGAGAGAGAGAGUGCAUGUGCACACGAGGGAGAGGCAGAGAGAGGGAGAGAGAAUCCUAAGCAGGCUCCUUGCUGUCAGCUCAGAGCUAGAGGACGAGAAACUUGAUCUCAGAACCACCAUGAGAUCAGGACCUGAUCCAAAGUCAAGAGUUGGUCACUCAACCAUGUAAACCACCCAGGUGGCCCAGAAAUGAAUUUCCUUUCAUGAAGGAAAGCUGUUUAUAAUUGAAGGAAAAAUAGGAAUAUAAUUAUUUGCUUGUUUAGAGCCUGAGUUGUAAAUUCUUUCUGUGUGCUGAUGAGGAAACAAUUUAUGAUCUAGGUAAAUGAGUAAGUGGUCUCUAUAUUUUUAUGACACCUCUUUUCCAGUAAAUAUUUAAGUUAUUGUAUUUGUUUGGUAGAUCUGCCAUAACAUGUAUCGAAGGCUUGGUGGAUCAAACAACAGAAAUUAAUUUUCUCACAGUUCUGAAGUCUGAAAGUCCAAGAUCAGUCUGGAACCUUGUUGGCAGGAUUGGUUUCUUCUGAAACUUAACUCCUUGGCUUAUAGAUGGCCUCCUUUUCCCUGUUUCUUCACAUGGUCUCUAUACUGUGUGUGUUUAUUCUUAGCAUCUCAGCCUGUUUAAAUUUCCUCUUUUUAUAAAGAUACCAGUCAGAUUAUAUUAGGACCCACCCUAAAGGCCUCUUUUAACUUACUCACCUCUGGAAAGAGUAUUUCUAGUCACAUUCUGAGGUACUGGGGCUUAGGGCUUCAACAUGAAUUUUGAGGGGGUAAGUUUCAGCUCCUAACAGUUAUAUACAUGUUCGGCUGUACUUUGUACAUGUACCUCUCCCUAAUUUUUGUUUAAGUUUUGAUAAAGUUAAAUAAAAAUACAAGUUAUAUUUACUUCCCAGUCCCAGUGGAUUGUUUGUACAUACCACUUGGGGGACCAAAAUAAUAAAAUGAGAGUCUCUGCUAAUUAGCUACUCUCCUGAGGUGAAAUUUCAAGAUUGCCUCUAACUAUGCUUUGUUCUCUUGCUUUGAUUGUGAAUUUCUCUGUUUUGUUUUUCUGCCAUUCAUUGUAAGGAGCUAAUGGUCUUUUGGUAUUAGAUUGUUUUACUGCAAAGCCUGUCUUUACCUUUUUGACACACAAACCUCUCUACAAACAUGAGGGUUUUGAGAAAUGUUUUAUGUAAAUAUGAAAAUUCGUAAAACAUACAGAAGCCUAUAAAGUAUACCUAUUCUGAAACACUUUUUAAAAAUCUUUGUUUUUGAGAGAGAAAGACAGAGACAGAGCCUGAGCGGGGAGGGCAGAGAGAGUGAGACACAGAAUCCAAAGCAGGCUCCAGGCUCUGAGCUCGAUGUGGGGCUCGAAGUCAGGAGCUGUGAGAUCAUGACCUGAGCCAAAAUCAGCCGCUCAAUCGACUGGACCACCCAGAUGCCCACUGAAACACUUCUUAUAUCAAAUGGCUUUGUGAUAAAAUUGCUUAGAUAUGUAAAAAUUCCUUUCCUGCCCAGUGUAGGUCCUUAUUAAGUUGCUUUAUUCUUUAGUAAUAAUAAAAUAUAUAAUUGCUGGUA